AUGAACAAUGAAGCGAUGAGUGGUUUCGGUGACCCGGCGAGUUUUUUUCGGCUUAUUGAAGGGGUUGAGAAGGGCAAGAGGUUCGUAAGGGGCUCGAAAAAGGUGUUUAGAGGGGCUGAAUCGACUUGAAACUUGGAAAAUUUUGGGCUGGAUGUUUUAAAUGUAAUUUCUUGGCCAUAUACCAUCUUCAGUUAUAUUUUUUUUCAUUUUUUUUAUGUCCUCCGCGGAAAAAGAGUUUAUUUUUUGACACUUUUGAUAAUUUUUUUCAGUUAUAUUCCCACGUAUUUUACCUUGCGAUUUCGAACAAAAAACACCUUACUUUAGAUGUCCUCUGGUGGUCCGAUCCCCCCAUCACCCGUGAUGCAGUUCUCUCAAGCCAACAACUUCCCCGCCAACGGGUUGUCCAGCCUGUUCAGCAGCCCCACUCAAGGACAGAACGAGAAUAUCUUUGCGGCAUUGAUGGCGCGGAAUGAGUUGAUGGUAAGGGAGCCUUGGACUUAAAAAUUAAUUUUUUUUAAAAUUUUUAUUCACUAAAUUUUUCGUUUCAGCAGAAAUCCAAAAAAGAUGGCUCACCCGACUUCAGCGAGGGCUUCAAAAACGAACCGGAUGAUGACGGGGGAAAUAACGAAGAGCAGAAUGUAAGAACCUACAAUAUUCUUGAUAUAUUUGGCUGAAUCAGUCUGUCGGGAAAAUAAUGAGCACUCUGUCGCAGCGAAAGACGUAUUGCAGCCGAGAAAACGAAUUGUGUCGCGGAAAAAUCCAAUUUCUUUUCAAUUCAGCGACGUGAUCGGUGCUGCGAAACUGUGCUCAUUAUUUUCCCGACAGACUCAUAUAAGCUCAAAAAAUCUCAAAACAUUUUUGAAAAUCAAAAUUCAAGUCCUAAAAAGCCUGAAUUUCUCAAUGAUCCAUUUCCAGGACCUCGAAUCACUGGAAGACUACGAAAUCUCGGAGAAGAACAACGACUCCGUUGAAAGCCAAGAUGUUCCCACAAAAGCAGAGACAAAUAACGGUGAAAGGCACUCAGCAAUGUCCAGUUCAUCGUCGAAGCGAAAAAGGUUCCAUCCGCAACGGAAUAUGGCAGUGGAAGAGCAUGAUGUCGACGACUUUGAUGAGGGCCCUCCGGUGAUCGACGAAGAAGAGCCUCAGGAUAAUCAGGGUAAGUUAAUGUGUAGUUUUGGGAAGAAAAACGAUCUAAUAGUAUCUAUUUAUAACACUUGCUCCAAAAUUUUUGAAAAUUAUAUUUGUUACCCUUGAAGAUACCCGCUAUUUUAGCAAAACAUCAAAAAACUCGACGAAAAGACUGAAUUUCCGAUUUUAGAUUCCGAUGACGACAUUAAAGAAGAGAAACGCUGCUCUUCCAAUCAAUCAGCGCAAAAUUCAACAAACGGAAACCCUUCGGAAUUCAAUUUUGGAAUGGCGGCCGCUCAUCUGGCCGCCCAAGCCAACAACAUGAACAUGAACAAGUUCCGAGAGUUCGUCGAAGCGCAGAAACGCAUCUACACCGCGCUCGGCAAUCAACAAGACUCCGAGCUGCAGAAGGAACUCUGCGUUCGAAUGCUGGGCAAAUUCACGCAGGCCCUAAAGGACGAACUUCUGAACUCGGUGCAAAACUCCUUCGAGAAAGUCAUCGCCAGCUUCAACGCCAACGAAAUGGAGAAGAUCCUGCAGCAGGCGCGCCAAAUCCAGCAGAUCCGACAGCAACAGUUGGAGAAGCAAAAACAAGAAUCCAUGCAGCAGAAUCGACUCCCCUUCAACUUGAACCCCAUGUUCAACCCGAUGGGCAUGCCCUACAAUGCGGCCAACCCGCUGAUGGCGUUGGCCAAUCCGUUGAACUCGCUGAGUCAAGCGACGUCCAGCGCGGCGAAUGGAAUGAGCUUCCCCAAUCCGGCCAUGGCAAUGGCCAAGAUGCAGAACGGCGGGAUCUUCCCGAAUCAGCCCGCUUUUGCCAACUUGAAUGGAUUCCUGAACCAUCAGAUGAACAGGGUCAAGAAUGAAGAGUGAGUUUGAUUUUUUUGGAAUUUUUUUGGUAUAAAAAAGUGCGGAUGAUAAUCGAUUUCUCAUUCAACCUUCAUUUUUCAGCGGCUCCCCUCGCAAGAAGCGCUCCAAAGUCACGGACUCAGUGCGUGGCCCUCGAUCCAUGGCCGUUCGCGACAACGGCCAGAGUCUGCCGGCGUCGGCACGAUCCUCUCCCUCGGCGAACAGCUACUUCCCUCCCACCAUGGUGCCGCAUCCCCUCUACAACGGGCGCUUCGAUGGGAACAGCGGCGGCGCCGCGUCGCCCUUCUCCAACGACGACUCCGAAUACUUUGACGGGAUGGGCCAAAGCACCACCCUCACCCACAUCCAUCUGCGCAAGGCGAAGCUGAUGUUCUUCUACACGAGAUACCCGCCGUCCAGUGUGCUGAAGAACUAUUUCCCGGACAUCCAGUUCCACAAGAACAACACGGCGCAGUUGGUGAAAUGGUUCUCCAACUUUCGCGAGUUCUACUACAUGAACAUGGAGAAGUUCGCGAAACAGUACCUGGCGGAGGGAAUUACGGAGCCGGAGCAGAUCAAAGUCACCACCGAGUCGGAGCUGUUCAAGAUCCUGAACGUCCAUUACAACAAGAACAAUUUUAUUCCGGUAAGAGCGAGUUUUUUGGAAGUUUUAAGUGCCUGUAUGUAUAUGUAACAAGGGAGUAACUGUUUUCGCAAAUAGAUGCAUUAUCCAAUUUUCAAACCAUUUUCUAAUCUCUCCUUUUCAGCCGCCUGAAGGCCUUGCUCACGUAGUGGAAGUCACGCUCCGAGAGUUCUUCAAGGCGUUGCGCGACGGUCGCGACGCCGAGCCCUCGUGGAAGAAGGCGAUCUACAAGGUGAUCGCGCAAUACGACGAACAUAUCCCCGAUUUCUUCAAAGCACCCGCCUUUAUGACCCAACUGGAGGGCAGUGGCUCUUCCUAA